AUGAAUUCACCAUUCACACUUCGAACCGACGUGUACCCGGCCAUCUCCCCUACUAUCCUCGCCGGAUCCUUACACGGCAAAAAUGCCCUAGUAACAGGCUCAGGACGAGGAAUCGGACGAGAAAUGGCCCUCGCCCUCGCGCAAGCCGGCGCCAACGUCGCCAUAACCGGCCGAACCGCCACCGAAGUAUCCUCCACAACAGCCGAGCUCGUGGCCCUCCACUCCCGCGCGGGGAAAGCGGGGAAAGCGAUCGGAAUUACCGCCGACGUGCUCGACCGGGAUGACCAAGCGCGCCUCAUCCGGGAAGUCCGCGCGCAGCUCGGCGAAAUCGACAUCCUGAUUCUAAACGCAGGAAGCAACAUCUUCCAGCCCUUCCACCUGACGGACGCGGAAUCAUGGUGGGACGUGAUGGAGCUUAACGUGCGGGCGCCGGUCGAAAUCACCCGCCUCGUUGUGCCGGAGAUGAUGGCGCGGAAUGCGGGGACGAUCAUCUUUACUUCUUCGCGCGCGGCGACGGCGACGUUGCCGUGGACUAGCAGCUAUAACUGUGCCAAGACUGCUAUUACUAAGUUUGCGGGGACGCUGCAGAUUGAGUUGGAGCAGGUGCAGAGGGUUGAGAGGAAGGUGGAGAAUGCGAUUGAGGUGUUUAGUAUUCAUCCUGGUGAAAUUGAUACCAGUUUGCACCAGACGGCGUUUCCUGAGAAGACGAAGGUUGAGGCGCCGUAUGUUAUUGAACAUAUGGAGGCUAUUGGGAAAAAGAGACCUCAUUAUGCGGGUGCGUUGCCUGCGUGGACUUGUGUGUGGCUUUGUGCUGGGAAGGGACUGGAUUUGAAGGGGUUGUAUGUAGAUUGUACUCGGGAUGUUGAAGAGCAGGCUCUAGCUGCUGUUCAGAAGAGCUAG